AUGGCUUCCAAGAUUGUUAAACCUACCGGUGCUAAACCCGAUGAACUUGAACUCUCUGUUGCUCAAGCUCUCUUAGACUUGGAAUCCUCUGUCGCUGACUUGAAGAAGGAAUUGCGCCCUCUCCAAAUUACUGCUGCCAAGGAGGUUGAACUUGGUGCUGGUAAGAAGGCUAUUGUCAUCUUCGUUCCCGUUCCUCUUCAACGUGCUUUCCAAAAGAUCCAAGUCAGACUCACCCGUGAACUCGAAAAGAAGUUCUCUGACCGCCACAUUGUCUUCGUUGCUCAACGUCGUAUCUUGCCUGUUCCUACUCGUCGUACCAACAACAAGCAACCUCGUCCUAGAAGCCGUACCUUGACUGCUGUCCACGAUGCCAUCUUGGACGAUAUGGUCUUCCCCACCGAAAUUGUUGGUAAGAGACUCCGUCAAAAGGUUGAUGGUUCCAAGACCCUCAAGGUCUUCCUUGAUGCCAAGGAUGCCACCUCUCUCGAAUACAAGCUCGACACCUUCUCUUCUGUUUACAAGAAGCUUACUGGCAAGGACGUUGUCUUUGAAUUCCCUGCUGCUGUUGAUGCUUUUUAA